CUCGCUCAGCACAAGAUGUCUUCAAGAAAGCGACGAAGAAGACAUUCUUCCAUGAGCCGCCGUGUCAAGCGAUUCAUUCUUCGAUACACCUGGGCCUUUCCGCUGGCAGUCAUCUGUGCAUUUCUCUUCGUGUACAGCCUCAACCCAUCGGAAAGCAACCCGGUGCACAAGUUCAUCUUUCCGAGCUAUCCAGUGGGACCCGAGACUCCCGGCGGACCUGCCAAGUACGCCAAGGGGCGAGAUGACUUUGCGUUUGUCUUCUUUUACAUCAUCUUUUUCUCCUUCACCAGGGAGUUCGUCAUGCAAGAGGUCUUGCGACCACUGGCACGGCACUGGGGCUUGGCCAGUCGUGGAAAGCAGACUCGAUUCAUGGAACAAGCCUACGCCAUUGUUUACUUCAUCUUCAUGGCUCCCCUUGGCUUGUACAUCAUGAAGGGCACUCCGGUGUGGUUCUUUAACACGCGGGGGAUGUACGAGGACUUCCCCCACAAGACUCUCACCGGGGACUUGAAGUUUUACUAUCUGUUCCAAGGAGCAUACUGGGCGCAGCAGGCUAUUGUGCUUAUUCUUGGUAUGGAGAAGCCUCGAAAGGACGCCAAUGAGAUGAUUCUUCAUCACAUUGUGACUUUGUCGUUGAUUGGGUUGAGCUACCGGUUCCACUUCACUCAUAUCGGUAUCGCUGUGUAUACCACCCAUGAUAUUAGCGACCUCUUCCUCGCUGUAUCCAAGGUUCUCAACUACCUCAAGUCAGCCAUCACUGUUCCCUUCUACGCCACCUUCAUGGGCGUCUGGAUCUACAUGCGGCACUACAUCAACAUCCGCAUUAUUUACUCUCUCUUCACCGAGUAUAAAACAGUCGGCCCAUACGAACUGAACUGGGAGACUGAGCAGUACAAGUGUCCACUCGCCCAGGUGAUCACAUCGACGCUGCUCAUUGCCCUGCAAUCGCUGAACCUUGUCUGGCUGUACUAUGUUCUCCGGGUCGCUUACCGCAUCACGGUUUACAAUGAGCAACGUGACGCUCGCUCUGAUGAUGAG